CAGGCUUUUUGGACAGGCAAUAAGGAAGGACAGCCGAGCGCCGCCCGAAAGACCCCAAAGGGCCAAGAUGGCUGCGCCCGUGACAGACGCCGGGGAGUUUGAAAGCUGGCUAAAUGAUCGUCUGGACUCGCUAGAAGUGGACCGUGAGGUGUAUGGGGCGUAUAUUUUAGGGGUCCUGCAAGAAGAGGAGAUUGAUGAGGAGAAAGAAGAUGCGCUACAAGGAAUUUUAUCCGCAUUUCUGGACGAGGACACCGUGGAAGAUGUCUGCAAACAGAUCAUCAAGCAGUGGACGGAUUGGCGCAACAGAUCAGCAGCCAAAAGUGAUGAUGAUGCUGAGGUGCAGGCCAUCGCCAGGAUGAUAGAGAAACAAGCUCAGAUCGUGGUGAAACACAAGGAGGUGUCCGAGGAGUCGAAGAAAAGGAAAGACGCCCUCCUUGCUCAAUACGCUAAUGUGACAGACGGCGAGGAUGAAGAUGAAGAAGAGGAUCCAUUCACUGCGAACGCCUUCACUGGAAAUGACAAAUCCCUGUUUAAGAACACCAACGUGGAGGAAGUGCUGGGCAGACAAAAGCAAAAGCGGGACCAGGCUCGUGAGGACUCGCAGAAGAAGAAGGAAGGGGACAAGAUGCAGCGGGAGAAAGACAAACUUGCCAAACAAGACAGAAAAGAGAAGGAGAAGAAGCGUACACAGAAAGGAGAACGCAAGAGAUAAAACGGAGAGAACGAACACUUUGUAUGCAGAAAGGUUUUGUUAUGAGACAAAUGAAAAACAGCUGAACCUCAUUGGUACAUUCUUUAUGUGAACAUGUCUUCAUCAGACCCUCCGUGUUGAUUACUUUCUCUUCAUGCGUGUAAAGAACAAUGUGUUGCAUAUUGUGCAGGUCCGAAUUGUCGCUUUUUAUUUUCUUGGAUGAAGAAGUAUUGAAAUAAAGCUGCAAGUCUUCGUGUGACAAUAA